AUGUUUUACGUCUUCCAGACAUGCUUGAGGUCUGGAAGACCCGGGCUUUAUUCACACUACCUAUUGCCGACGGGCGAUGUGACACAACAUCUCUUCGACAUCGUAGCCAAGAGUGUGUAUGGCGAAGGAUCUGAGUCUAAGCGUGUUUUCCUAUUCAAACCCGACCCAAUCGAGCCUACAGAAGCUCCACAUUUGCUCGGUCAGGCAAGCCGGUUGGCGUAA